AUGGAGGAUCAAGACGAAGACUCUGUGGAAAACGCUGCUGAAGAUGAACCUCCAAAGAAAAAGACACGUUUGACUUUAUCAUUAAAGAAGCGCUUCAAAAAGAUGUCUCAGUCAGAAGUUUCUGAAGCCAGGAGAGGUUAUGUUCCAAACAGUACACAUGGAUGUAAUAAUUGGGCUUUGAAUAACUUCAAAUCAUUGCUCGCUUCUCUAAAAGAUGGUGAGGGUCAGGAACAGUAUCCUCCUCAUAUACUACUCUCCAAUGAUCCUAAACUACUGUGUUCUUGCCUUUGCAGCUACGUUAUGAAAACAAGAAAGGAAAAUGAUGAUAAGGAUCCUAACUUCAUUUCACUUCACAAUGUCAUGGAUUCUUACUUUCGACAGCUGCAUGGAGAAGGAAUAGAGGCAAGGCCUUAUAACAGUGACUUAGUUAAUGCUGAAGAAGAGGAGCAGCUUCGGGUUAGUCGCGUAAUGGGGAUUGAUAAUCCUAGGGAGCUCCUUCAUGCCAUUUUCUUUUACUGUGGACUCAAUUUGUGCCUUCGUGGUGGUGAGGAGCAUCGUUCUCUUAAAGUAUAA